UCUCAUGUGUUGCGCCUCUCUCCUCUUUCUCCAUUCUCUCUCUCUCUCUAUCUCUCUUAGGGUUUCCCAAUAGCAGUUGUGCUCAAUUCAGCCCAGCAUUUUCUCAUCGAUUCCCGGCAUUUUCUCUCAUUUCCCAGAAAAUCUCACCACUGUUGUCCCGUUUCUCGCUCCGUUUGUAGAUAAGAAAACUCCUCCUUUGAUUAGGUCUUUGCUCCCAAUUGGUUACAGCUCGUGAGAUGUUAUCAGUGAUGAGCAACAAAGGGUUCGAUUCAGAUCGCAGAAACGACGCCGUCGCUGUUCCCGAUCUUAGGGCGUCCACUGCCUCGAGCUCCGGUGCUGUAAAUGAUGGGGUGAGCUCGGUUUCGACUCACUCGGGAGACGCUAGGGCUUCUGAGGACGUCGAGAAUGCUGGCGGUAUGGAUUUGGAUAGGGGUGUUAGUUUAGUUAGUGAUGAUAGUGCAAUUAGAAAUGAAGAUAGAAAAUUAAAUGCGGAGAGGAAGAAAUUGGGUUCUGAGGUGGUAUCGAGUGUAGUUAAUUUAGAGGACAAGGGUGGAACAGAACUGAUUCGCGGGUUUGGAAAUAGUAUAAUCGAUGUUGGGCAUAGUAAGAUUGCUGAAAGGAGUAAUGGAACCGAGAGGAACUCUGUUGUUUCCGAAUAUGACCUAAUGCUUUCCAAGUUUGACGAUUUUGCAGCCAAUGGGAGGCGAUGGACUGUUGGUUUGGGUUUUGAAAUGGGGGAUAUGGUUUGGGGAAAAGUGAAGUCUCACCCAUGGUGGCCAGGCCACAUUUUCAAUGAGGCAUUUGCAACCACUACAGUUCAAAGAAGUAGGAAGGAUGAUCAUAUAUUAGUUGCUUUCUUUGGUGAUAGCAGCUACGGGUGGUUCGAACCAUCCGACCUUGUACCCUUUGACUCUAAUUUUCAUGAGAAAUCUCAGCAAACCAAUUUGAGGUCUUUCACCAAGGCUGUCGAAGAAGCUGUUGAAGAAUUGAGCAGGAGGUGUGCUCUAGGUUUGCUUUGUAGGUGCAGGCAGGCGGACAAUUUUCGACCUCUCUCUGAUGAAGGUUCUUUCCAAGUCGAUUUGAGUGACACUGAGACAAAUUUUAUUUAUACUGCCAGCCAGAUUAAAAAAGCCAGGGAAAAUUUUCAUCCCAGAGAGACUCUUACCUUUGCCAAGAAAUUAGCUCUCACACCUAUGAGUUGUGACUAUGGGAAUAUCAACUUUAUAAAAAACAGGGCUACUGCUAUAGCUUAUAGAAAGGCAGUCUUUGCACCUCAUGACCCUACAUAUGCAGAAGCUUUUGGUGCUCAUGUACCUAAACACUUGCAACAAACACAGUCAACUGCUCAACCAUCAAAGGGGCCACAAAGAGCUUCUCUGAGUGGCAGACUAAUUUCUAUGGAAGCCAUGGGUAAGGGAAAAACUUCAGUGAGACAUAACAAGGCUGCAAGUCAGACUGAGAAAGACAGAUACUUGUUUAAGCGCAGAGAUGAACCUGAGAACCUGAAAAGCCGCAAAGUUGCUGAGGUGCAAGCAGGUUCCUCUAGCCAGCCUAUUCAUGUAGACAGCUCUGUUUGUUUGGGGAAAGGUUCUUCUGCUAGUGUAACUGAUAAUACGAAAUCCACUUCUAUUGAAGAACUAAAGCAACCUCUGAAGCAAGAUGCUGCUGUAGGGGAAUUACAUAGAAGUGGACAAGUUCAAGAUUGUGUUGGUGAAAUGCAUAUUUCAGUUCCUACUGAAGCAAAACCUCAGGGUGAAGGAUUUAGAGUGCGUUCUCAUGGUGGGGCACAAAAGGUAAAGAAUCGUAAACGUGCUGCAAGUGACACAAGUUCUGAAACCAAUCAAUUGUUGGAGAAGAAGAAGAGAAAGAAGAAGAAAAUUUUAAGCACGAAUGAGGGCUCUAAUUUUGUGGAGAAGCAAGUAGGAGGUGGUGUAGAAAGAAUUGUGAAUCAGAAAUUUGAAGGAGAUUCAGUGCCAGUACCUUCAGGUACUAAGGAAGAUAUUCAGAUGGACAAUCAGCAAAAGGGUGAUGGAGCAAGCAUCUCCUCACAUGAGCAGGCAGUUUCUCAGCAAGCAAUAGGGAUUAAAAGUGUUGAACUUGAACUCCCUCAAGUACUAUGUGAUUUGCAAACUCUUGCUCUUAAUCCCUUCCAUGGAAUGGAAAGAAGUUGUCCUACAACUACACGGACAGUCUUUUUGCGUUUUCGUUCGCUUGUAUUUCAGAAGAGCUUGGCAUCAUCACCAGGUGAAAAUGAAUCAAAUCAAGUUCCUUCCAGUAAAUUACCUGCCAUUGCACCUGCUUCUGACGGUGCACCUGCUGAGCGAAUUAGAGAAGCAGCUCCUGUGAAGAUGCCACCAAAACCUUCUGUGAGGCCUGAUGACCCUACAAGGGGAGGUCGGAAGCGUAGCCCAUCAGAUAGGCAGGAGGAACUUUCUGCCAAAAAGAAGAAAAAAAUGAAUGAUUUGAAGCAAUUGGCUGCAGAAAAGAAGGCUCCCCAGAGAGCUUCUGAAGUGCCAAAGAGUGAUAACAAGGAAAUGGUCACCAAAAUGUCAUCUUCAAUUCCAACUAAACUGUCCAAGCCUGAGGUCAGCAAGAGGAUAGAGCAUUCACCAAGGGUGCCGGAGCCCACCAUGCUGAUCAUGAAGUUCCCUCCAAAUGGGGCUCUUCCAUCUAUUCCCGAGCUCAAAGCAAAGUUUGCCCGCUUCGGGCCCCUUGACCAUUCUGCUACACGGGUUUUCUGGAAGUCCUCAACCUGCCGUCUUGUGUAUCGGUACAAGCAUCAUGCUGAGUCUGCACUUAAAUUUGCGGAGAGUAGCACGAAUCUGUUCGGUAACACAGAUGUGAAGUGCGCCCUGCGCGAAGCUGAGGCAGCCGAGACUAGUGGUGCCAAGGUGUCGAGGGAAGACAGUUCUGCUCUUGGAGGUUCACACUCACAGUCAAAAGAUUUGGUGAUUGAUAGGCUGCCCCCAGCAAGUAGGGUGACGCAGGUGCAGCUGCAGCAGCCAGUGCAGCUGAAAUCAUGUCUGAAACGUCCCCCAGGCGAGGAAGCAGCAGGGAAUGGUAACAAUAGAGGUACUCGUGUAAAAUUUGAUUUGGGUGGAGAAGAUAGUAGUAGAGGCGAGCUGUCGAUGUCAAAUGAUAGUAAGAACACCAAAACUGCUAUUGCUGCAUCAUCAUCUUCUUCUGAUACUAAUGUCAAAAAUUUCUCAAAGGUUAUUCCUCCAUCACCUUCUCCUGCUCAAUUUCAAAACCCACCAAUUACUACUAAUGUGCACUUGCCAGAAGUGAAGAUGCCUCAUAGAAAUAUGCAUAAUUUUAACACCCAUCCUUCUUCAUCUGCUCCUCCACUGGCUACUAGUACCGCGGAUAUUGAUAUUUCCCAAGAGAUGAUAAGCCUUCUCACAAUGUGCCAUGAGGUUGUGAUCAAUGUGACAAACGUACUGGGCUUCCCACCUUACCGUCCCCUUUAAAACCGUGUUUGGUUGGCUCCAGAGAUUGUGCUUUCCGGCCGCCCUAUUAUUUGGGGUUCAGAACUGAAUGAAGAAGAAGAAGAUUGAAUAUAAUAUGAGUAUCCUUUUUAUCUCUGAAAUCUUUUUUGUAUUUUUUUAGAAUACCUUCAACACUUGUAUUGAUGAUGAUGAUAGAGAUAAUCCCCCUUCUCUGCUUGCUUGCUUGCUUGCUUCUCUCUCAUCCUUUUUCAGUAGUAGUGAAUGGUGAUAUUGUGGAACGCA